AUGAGUUCUUCUGAACAAUCUCUUCGUUUCAUUACCGAUCAAAUGACAACGAUCAGUUUAUUUCUAUUGCUUGUUAUCGGUCCGUUUGGUUGCUUUUGUAAUAUUCUUACAUUUACAUCCAAACAAUUGACCAAAAAUCCUUGCGCAUUUUAUCUCUUAUGUACGACCAUUUUCGAAUUAUGUAUCGUAUGUUUUGGUGGUGUGUCUCGACUUGCUGCUGAAUAUUUCGGCGACAAACUUCUCAGUCAAAAUCAAUUCUACUGUAAACUCCGUUCUUAUCUCAUAACUGGAAUGAGUACCAUAGCGACUUAUUCAAUGCUGUUCACAGCUGUCGAUCGCUAUAUGGCCACAUCAACUCGAGUUCGAUUCCGAGCCUUCAGUCAAAUCACAAUUGCCCAUCGCAUGUGUCUAGGAAUUAUUCUGGUUGUAAUGAUUGUCACCUUGCAUGUUUAUAUCUUUUUUGGUCUUCAUCCAUCAUGUACACCACGGCCAGGUGUUUACGCAGUAUUUUAUAGUGCUUAUCUUAUAAUUUUGACCAGUUUAAUACCAGAUGGGUUGAUAAUAGUAGUGGCUUUGUGUACAAUCAAAAAUGCUCGGGAUUUGAGAACGCGAGCAGUGAUGAUGCAAGCUGCAAAUACGUCAAAACAACGAAGUAUUCAUAGGGCUGAUACACAUCUUCUCAUUAUGAUGGUAUCUCAAGUUUCAAUAUCAGUUUCUUUCGAUAUUACACGUACAACAUGCUAUACAUAUUUCUUUAUAUCUGGAAAUACAGGUCAUAGUUCCUAUCAAACUCUCGUUAAUGUGUUUAUAUUUCAAUUCAGUAAUGUUUUACUGUAUUUGAACUAUUCAAAAUCAUUUUAUGUGUAUACACUUACAAGCGGCUUAUUUCGUAAAAUAGGACAUGAUCGUGUUGAUCCAAUUAGUCAACAUCAGCUUCCCAACAACUAA